AAUGUAAAGGUCAAACCUUUUUCCAAUUAGAACCCUUUUAUUGGAUUAAGCUAAAACUCUCUCUCUCUCUCUCUCUUUGGAUUUUCAAAACAAAGGUAAAACCUUUUUUUAUCAAUACCCUUAUAAGCUUUAUGUCUCUCUCUUUUAGAUUUGUUUCUCUGAGAUUUCGCAUUCUAAAUCUGGAGCCGUCCUUUAUUUUGAGGGGUAAGAGAGACUCAGAGAAAGAGAAAGAGAUUUAUAUACACCUCUCUUUCUCUCUUCUUUCUCCUUUCCUUAGCUUUUGAUCCUUAAUUAUUAGAAAGCUUAAAUCCAGACUAUAAAGCAUGACGGAUACAAUGUCUACUCAUAUGGAUCGACAUAAUAAGCUAGAUUAUGAUGGCUCGGAGGAUGAAAAGAAGACAAAGCUUUGUUCCUUGAAGAAGAAAGCAAUCAAUGCCUCCAACAAAUUCAAACACUCUUUCACCAAGAGAACUCGAAGGAACAGCCGAGUCAUGUCUGUCUCUAUCGUUGACGACAUUGAUCUUGAAGAGCUUCAAGCUGUUGACGCUUUCCGUCAAGCUCUUAUCUUGGACGAGCUCCUUCCUUCGAAACACGAUGAUCAUCACAUGAUGCUUAGGUUUUUGAGGGCAAGGAAGUUUGAUCUUGAGAAAGCAAAGCAAAUGUGGACUGAUAUGAUCCAUUGGAGGAAAGAGUUUGGUGUUGACACAAUCAUGGAGGACUUUGAUUUCAAGGAAAUAGACGAAGUCCUCAAGUACUAUCCUCAAGGUUACCAUGGUGUUGACAAAGAGGGAAGGCCUGUUUACAUAGAGAGGCUAGGCCAAGUGGAUGCCACAAAGCUGAUGCAAGUCACUACCAUCGAUAGGUAUGUCAAGUACCAUGUGAGAGAGUUUGAGAAGACUUUCAAUAUCAAAUUACCAGCUUGCUCCAUUGCUGCCAAGAAGCAUAUUGAUCAGAGCACCACCAUCUUGGAUGUGCAAGGCGUGGGGUUGAAGAACUUCAGUAAGGCUGCAAGGGAUCUUCUUCAGCGUAUCCAGAAGAUCGAUAGCGACAACUACCCUGAGACAUUGAACCGUAUGUUCAUUAUCAACGCUGGUUCUGGAUUCAGGCUUCUGUGGAGCACUGUGAAAUCUUUCCUUGACCCAAAGACCACCGCAAAGAUCCACGUUCUUGGCAACAAAUAUCAAAGCAAGCUUCUUGAGAUUAUCGACUCCAAUGAACUUCCUGAGUUCUUGGGUGGUAACUGCACUUGUGCAGACAAAGGUGGGUGUAUGCGUUCAGACAAAGGUCCAUGGAACGACCCUGACAUCUUCAAGAUGGUUCAAAACGGAGAAGGGAAGUGCCCAAGGAAGACAUUGUCAAACAUUGAAGAGAAGACAAUCUCAGUGGACGAGAACACAACAAUGAAAUGUGAUUCCUUUGCGAAGAACAAUUUCGAUGCAGAGAACGCGAAAUUCAUACCGAUGAUUGACAAAACUGUGAAUGCUACUACUUGGCCUACAAAUCUCCACAAGUCAAACUAUCCCGAACCUGAAGAUUUAUACUCUGCCGUGAAGCCAUCGCAGAGGAGAGGAGGAGAAGGAUAUUUAUUCGGCGGCGUGAUGUCGUUGAUGAUGGGGUUAAUGACCGUGGUGAGGCUGACGAAAAACAUGCCAAGGAAGCUCACUGAUGCCGCCAUUUACGGUGGCGAAGCGGAGAAAGCAGAGACUACAAUGGUGUCAAACCAAGAGUAUAUGUCGAUGGUGAAGAGAAUGGCGGAGCUGGAGGAGAAAUGUAGGUCUUUGGACAAUCAGCCGGCAGCCUUCUCGCCGGAGAAAGAACAGAUUCUCACCGCCGCUCUUAGCCGUGUCGACGAGCUUGAGCUUCAGUUGGCUCAGACCAAAAAGACGCUGGAGGAAACCAUGGCUACGCAGCAUGAGAUAAUGGCUUAUAUCGACAAGAAGAAAAAGAAGAAGAAGUUCUUCGGAUUCUGAAAGACAUGAUAAUGCAUGCCUCAAGACUUUGAAGAAACCUGGAAAUAUAUAAUUAUUAUACAUAAACAUAAAUAUAUUCGUGAAGAGUUUUUAAAGAUAAAAAUGUGGAAAUUUGCUUUCUGUAAAUUUUUUGUUAUUUGUUCCUGGAAAUAUCUGAAAGCUUAUGUCUACCACUUAUCAUUCUUUCACACCUAAUUUGUAACGUACUAAAAACAAAAAUAUAUAUGUUAUAAAUUAUAUA